AUGGAGGCAGGGGGAAACUCGCUGCCGGCGGCGAGCGGCGGCGAUGGGACAAAGCGAAAGGUCUACUAUUUCUACGAUCCGGAGGUGGGGAACUACUAUUACGGUCAGGGGCACCCAAUGAAACCCCACCGGAUCCGCAUGACCCAUGCGCUUCUCGCCCACUAUGGCCUGCUUCAGAACAUGCAAGUGUUCAAGCCCUGCCCCGCCCGAGACCGCGACCUGUGUCGCUUCCAUGCCGACGACUAUGUGGCCUUCCUUCGCAGCAUCUCCCCAGAGACGCAGCAGGACCAGAUCAGGGCUCUCAAGCGCUUCAACGUCGGCGAGGAUUGCCCUGUUUUUGAUGGCCUUUUCAACUUCUGUCAGACCUAUGCCGGGGGCUCCAUGGGUGGCGCCGUCAAACUUAACCACGGACUCUGUGAUAUUGCCAUCAACUGGGCUGGCGGUCUUCACCACGCCAAAAAGUGCGAGGCCUCGGGCUUCUGCUAUGUUAACGACAUUGUCCUCGCCAUCCUUGAACUCCUUAAGCAUUACGAGGUCGGUGGCAUCUCUUCCGUCUCUCAUAUUUCGUUUUCCUUCGUUUCUUCCCUCAUUAUAAAGUACCCUAGUUUGUUCAGUCUAUCCAUUCGUGUGAAUAAUCUCCCAUACUGUCGGGCUUAGUGGUUCGUUCAUAUCGUCCUAUUGCAUCCAUAUUAGCGUUUCCUAUGGAAUAAUUGAAAUUUUCAUCACUCUCUUUCUCUCCUGUUGGCGGUUUCCGUUCAACCUUUUAACAGGCAAAACAGCACAAGAGAAAAUUGGCGAUAUUCUCAUAAUCUUCAUCAUCGUGGACCCUAAUUCACUUCCGAUGGCUCUCAUAUUCUGUGAUAUGUCCAUAAUACCUGAUCAAUAUUACGUUACAUUCGACCUUUCAGAAAAAAAGUGUUCUUUUCUGUUGAUUUUUCAUUAUCUGUCAACUUCUUUCUGUCUUGAUGUGUUUUUACUGAGUUCACACGUUGUUGGUUACUAUUAAUGGAUCAGUUCUAAAAAAUAAAAUAAUAAAAUGGAAUCUUGUUACUAGAUCAUAUUGGUAAUGCAAUGGAUUUGGAGAUAAUGGAUAGGGAUGAGGAUCAUUAGAAAGUAUUAAUUUCUCAUGAUCUUACUAAGUCGGUGCUACGAUUCAUCUCCAAAAGCUUAAACUUGGUUGCUUCACCGGUUUAAUUUUUCUGUAAUUUAGAAGAGAAAUAAUCUCCAGUUUUUCUGUCUGAUGUCCAGUAUUAAAGCGUACGUUCUGUGCAAUUCAUAUUUUGUAGUAAUCAGACGACAUGAUCUUUGUUCCCUCUCUCUUCUGAAAAAGAUAAGCACCAUCAAACAAUGACCUUUGGGCAUGUCUUUCAUCUUUCAAUGCGUGAGACUGAUUUAUUUUUUACCCUUUUAAGUUCGCAGUUGGCCUAGCCCUUUAUCCUUCCAGAAAAGUAUUAAAGCAUUUUUUUAUGAUGAUAAAAUCUCUGUGCAAAUGAUGUAUCCCCGGAGCAAUGUCCAAAUUUUUUAUUGCAUCUUGCCAGUUCAAGAUAUUGUUCUUCUCGGGGCAAAAGCCGUGUCAGAGGGAGUUCAGCAAAUGAAUCUCUUUGAUUAGGUGGCUUUGAUGAUAGGCUGAACACUCAUGUUGAAAACCAUUUGAUGAGGGAGAAAAGUUAGGACUUCAUUUCUCAGGGAAAUAGUGUUGUGCUUUGAACUCAUCAAAAUAGUCUAUCGUUUUGGAGCUCGACUGACAUCUCCUUUUGCACUAAAAAAAUGAAAUGUGUCUAGUUUGUUCUUUUUGCAAGGGUCACUCGGCUACAUUUUUAUAAUCUGCAAUCUGUAUUGAUUUGUGGGACGUAGGUGGCAAAAAUUGGUGAUACUAUGACAUUCUAUUUAAAAUUAUCGACAUGUAUUGUGGUAUUCUAAAUUACUGUCUAACACCUUUUUUUUUUAAUAAUCUGGCAGCGUGUUUUGUAUGUGGACAUUGACAUCCACCACGGAGAUGGAGUCGAGGAGGCAUUUUAUACAACUGACAGAGUGAUGACUGUGUCAUUUCAUAAGUUUGGGGACUACUUUCCUGGCACUGGAGACGUACGUGAUGUUGGAUAUGGAAAAGGGAAAUACUACUCAGUUAAUGUUCCUCUGGAUGAUGGAAUUGAUGAUGAUAGCUAUCAGUCGUUAUUCAAGCCUAUAAUUGGGAAAGUAAUGGAAGUCUUCCGGCCAGGAGCAGUGGUCCUUCAGUGUGGAGCUGAUUCACUAUCAGGAGAUCGGUUGGGGUGUUUUAACCUUUCAAUAAAAGGACACGCGGAAUGUGUUAGAUACCUGAGAUCAUUUAAUGUGCCUUUGUUAAUGUUGGGUGGAGGUGGAUAUACCAUUCGAAAUGUUGCACGUUGUUGGUGCUAUGAGGUAUUUAUUCUGGAGACUGGUGCAUGUCUUUUAUUUGAUUAUGAACCUUAGGGUGAUCUGGUUCUCAACUCUUAUGUUCUCCAGUGCUUUUUUUUUUUCUAGAGAGUUAGCAUGAGGUUGUGAACUGGUUGCACCCAGGCUCCUCCAUGAAUUUUCUGUCUUCUAGAUUCCAUUGAGCUUGAAUUUUUUGACCCUAACUUUCUGUCCCAUCCUUAACAUUACGAGUUUAAGCUUUACAACAUUCAAUGUUCUGUUAUAAUGUAGUUUUUACCUCUUUAAUGCACGGAUAUGAAUUUGUAUAUUAUUCUUUUAGCCUUCAAGUGGGUGGGGGGGGGGAUAUUUAAAUCUUCUUUGUUUCUUCAUGGAUUCAUUUCUGUACAUUGCCUUUUUUGCUCAUACUUUUGUUGAUUUUUUAAUUUAAAACUCUUGCUCCUUCAUUCCAGGUAAACUGUCUUUUUUCUUGAACAAUUUUUGAAUCAAGUUGAUUGGCUUGUAAUGUUCCUGUUUUCUUGGCUUCUUGAUUCACAUGGUAGAUUCUCCUUGUGGAAGAAACUGAUGUCGGUGAAAAAAAAAAUUAUAGGUAAAAUACGUGUGCGUAUCUGUAUGGUAACGAAGUGUAGGAUAGUCAUAUAUUGUGCUUAAAUUUUUCUGUCAUGUACCCUGAAAACCUAUGGUUGGUUACAUUGGAUGAGCAUGCAGCCAUCUGAUAUAAUUUUGGAUUGUGUCAGUUGUUAUUUUGGGUUUUAUCAGUAUUUGCUUGUACCCAUGAAAUCGUUGAAAUCAGUUGUGACCUAUUCACAGGAUAGCAACUGUGAAUUGAGAGCAAUCUCAAGGGAAUUCUCAACAUUGACAUAUGUUCUUGCAGUGUUUUGAAAUUAUUGACGACCUAUCGUCAUUUUAGGGACUGUCAAUAGAGAACAAUAUUCAGGGAAUUCUAAAUUGCGUUAAGCAUUGAUGUAUGCAUUUGAACAAUUUUUUGAUUCUCUUGCAGUGUUUGGAAAUAUCAUUUUGGUGAUGGGUUAAGGUUUGAGUGGUUAAAAAUGGUUGUUUAUUUAGGAUACAGAGUUGAAGGAACUAUAAUGCGCAUUUUUUGAUGUACAGAUGAGUAAACUAAUUUCGUAGGUUACUUAAAUAUUGAGUAUUUCUGUGGUGUAGAGGCAAAAGGUCUUUUUAUGCCGUGCAAAUAUGUGUGUUUAGGUGUGUAUAUGCCUGUGACCGUGUUCAUGGAUGCAUUUCAUUAAAGUGUAAUAACAAUGCAUUUGUAUAUUUUUCAAAACAAAAGAACAUAAAUGUGUCACUCAUAAAUUAUUUAUUCUCUCAUUUCUUGGUGUAUUGUGCAGACAGCAGUAGCACAAGGGGUCGAACUUGAGGAUAAGAUGCCGCUGCAUGAAUACUAUGAAUACUUUGGUCCAGACUAUACACUUCAUGUGGCACCUAGCAACAUGGAGAACAAAAACACUCGCCUGGUGUUGGAAGAGAUAAGAUCAAAGAUUCUAGAAAAUAUUUCAAAACUACGACAUGCACCAAGUAUGCAAUUUCAGGAGCGGGUUCCUGAUACAGAAAUUCCGGAGGUGUGUUCUAUCUGCUGCUUUAUUAUUCUCAAAAUUUUCCAAUAUUUAAGUUUUAUAAAUUAGCGGUUUGGUUCCAUCAAUAGUGAGGUAAGUUGUCCGAACUCAUCUUCAAAUCUUCUCCUAUUUUCCUCCAUCCUGAUGGACACAACAUUAAGAUUUAGCACUUGUCGUAAUUGUUUUUCAAAACUCGAGAUUGGCAAUUUUUGUACUCCAUGGUGAAGUUGAAGAUGCCUGAAUAUCCACGCCACUGUGUAUCCAGUAGUCAGAAAUGUUCUCCUUGUAGUGUCCAUUGAUUCUUUCUGCGACAAAAAAUAUAAACUUUGAUGGGCGAUAUUUAUCUGAAAUUAUGAACUCUACUCUAUGAAUCGCAUCAGCAAAAAAAUUAAUUAAUGAUAUGGCUGCAAAUGGUCAUUUUAAAAUCCUUGUAUCUGGGGUUUCACUGUUCACUUGUAUUGAUUAUGAAUUUUCUUCAUGGUUUUACUAAAUCAGUGUACCCAUGAAGCAUUAUGUUUCUCCUUACUCAAGACCAGUUCCUCGCACUGGACUGAGAUUUAAUUAGGAUACCUCUCUUUAUCCAAAGAUAAGUCGUCAAUCUGGUUCCAAUUUCCAUUUACUACUGCACCAGAAGGAUCACCCGGAUUUGGAUUCUCGGCACCACAUCCAUGCCUUUCAACCUCCGCUGGCAUUUUAAAUCUUUUUAUUUAAAGGAUCAAUCUUUAUGAGCAUCAUCCCUCCUUUGUCUUCUGCCAUCUCCUUCCAAGAAAAAAACAAUAUUAAUGUUUUCAAUUUCUCAUGAACAAUUCCGGGACUCCUAAUGAUAAAACAAAAUUUACACUUGAAGGAGCAUAUUUGGAAAUAAUUCGCUUAUUACUGGUAGAGAGAGCCUUGACUUUCUAUCUCUUGUAUGUUGUGAACAUUUCUUAUGAUGUCAUCAAAACCUCGAGUCUGGAUGGCACCAGCUCUAAGCAAAUGUUUCCAUUAGUGGCUGUCCGAUGUAUUUGAUGGAGAAUUAGGAGGUUUGACCUCCCAAAGUCAAUUUUUUUCCAAUUGAAUUUCCAAGACAUCUGGGUUAUUAGGCAUUGACUUAGAAACAUUGUCUUAAUAAAUAGUACUGGUGGAAUUAACAAGCAUGCAGUGUGGGUUGAUGAUUUUUCAUACAAAAAAUUUAGAGAGAAUAUAUGCUCUAGCUCAUGGUUUCAUGCCCAAUGGGUAGAUUAUUGCCAAUUUGGUAUUACUUGUAAUUUUCUAUUCUAUGAUACCAUAUUUGAGGGACAGAUAAUGAAAGGAAGUCAAUCUUUUUGUCAUCUCGUAUUAUCAUUGUAUGUCUUGCCUCUUGGGCAUCUUUGUACCCCUACGGUGCCAAGAUGGUUUUUAUGGAUAUUGAUUAGUUCUAGAAAUUUAUUUCUAGUCCAUUUCAAGUUCUAUGUAAUUAAAUCAGAUCCUCAGCCCUGGCGCGGCCGUCUCAUUCUGGAUCGGUUUAAUGCCCCAUGCCCAUCUAAUCUAGAAGGAAAAGCCCUAUACAGGAUCGGAUAAAUAAAAGCAUUGAACCCUCUAGGAGCAUUGAAUGUGAUUGAAGGUUGCAAUUUACCAAUCUGGUACUUUGGAGGUAUUUUUUUACUAAUGGAAAAGUACACAUAAUGCUUGGUCACCACCAUCUAAAGAAAAAGGAUUCCAUUUAGGUGAAAAUAUUUGAAAAAUAAUAAAAUAGUAACUAUACGUUCUAGACAUGUAUAAACCAUCAGAAUUCGUGCAUUGCGCUUUUGAUAGUAUUUGGCAUGUUGACACGCCACUUUAGGGGAAAUCAUGACGAACAAAGUGCUCAAUCCCUCAUCUCCUCGGCCUGUUUUCUGGUGGCAAAUGUUGUCCGUCUAUUUUACCCACAUUACCAAAAAAAUAAGGUUUUCAUGCUCUAUAUGGCAUGAUCCCGCGUUGCAGUUCAUAUAUUUCAAAAGUUUGAAGUACUAUUGUAGUUGCGACAUGAAGCAAUUCGAGUUUUUAUGAAUAAAUUGCAUUUGGCAUGAACGCCAUGAUCUCAGGCUUAUUGCUUUCCAAUCAAACAGAUAGGAGUUUUAGUUGCAUAUUAGUAAUGCCUUUUCAUUUUGUGUUUGUUUACAUGAAAAAGGACAUGUCUCAAUGGCAAUCAUCCUUUCCUUCUUUAUGUGGAAGUUUGUGACCGAGUCCUUGUUUAUGUUUCGAAAUCUUUUUCCUUCUGUCUUUAGAAAUCUAAUAACUAAGCCCAAUUGCACCAUUAGAACCUUCUUCAUCAUUUUCGUUCUAUCUUGGAUCCCGGUUUUUUUCAAGUUGGAAACAGGAGAUGGCAUUGCUUGUGAGAAAAAUCCAUGAUUUUUAAAGAUUUUUCCAUCUGUUUUAGGGGCAAUCAGGCAGUUUUUCGUGCGUUCUGGAAUGUAGACAAGUUUUACACAGUCCAUUUCGAGCGUCAAAGAAUAUCUUUUAACCGUAGGAAUUCCAGAUUCAAAACUGCUAUCGAGAUAUACGCUAAGGCAGAUGGAUAUGGCAAUAUGAGUUGAAGUACGGUUUUUCUCCAAGAAUCUGAGGGUGCCGGAUCCAGAUUUGUGCUGGUUAUUUAGUUUGGGCAAACCCCAUCGACUAGUUUAGACUUUGGUACUGCAAACGCAUGGUUGAUUCCAGAAUUGGCUGAUUUUAAUCUGAUUCGAAUCUGGUGUUUGCUCAAGAAACAUAUGGUGGUGUUUCAUCAAGAAAAAAACGGGAGUUGUUAGGGUUUUUUUUCCGUCCUUUUAAUUUUCUUAAAACUAGUCAGCCGAAUCAGUUUGAGUCGGUCGGAGUCGCAUGGUUUAUGGUUUAUCUCCUUUUUCUGUGAUGACUACUCUUGUCUGUUUUGAUUAGGUAGGUCGCAGAUGCCAUCAGUUCACAGUUUCUUGAACCAUUAUUGGCAGGCUGGAUUAUUGUCAGUUGGAUUUUUUUCCUCCAUCCUUUUAACAUGUUAAAAACUGGCUUAUGGAUUGUGCAUCAUGCUGCUGCUUAUGGAUUAUAAAUGACCUGUAAAUGAGACUUUGAUAGAUGGCAUGGGCCUUCAAUUCACAGUGAAAGACUCCAGUCAUUAUUUUCUUGUGCAAGAACUGGAAGUGUCAAUGGCCCGCGUAAAACCAGAGCCUGGCCUGAGCCGGUUUUUUAACAGCCUUGGGCCUUGAAAUCAAAUUCAAAAAGAAAAAAAUAGAACUAGUCAAAUGAUUUGCCCUGGGCUUUCACUAGGAUCCAGCAUGAAGGCCUGGAUCUCCUUUUUCUCUUCACGCUGUUGUCCCUGGAUCACUGCAGUGCUCUCGUUCUCUCUCUCUCUCUCUCUCUCUCGCUAUUUAUAUCCAUUUGCAUACCUAUCUAUCUCUAUCUAUAGGCCAGGCCUACAUUGUUUAGCGUGGGCUUCGUAAGGAAUGUGAUCUGGAGCUUCUGUCCUUGGGGCUUAUGUUUAGGCUGAGGCCUUGUAAUUGAUUCCAGGUUCGGGCUAGACCUAGUCUGGCCUGACCAAGUCUGGCGUGUUGGAUGAUAACCCAUUUUUCGUCCUUUUUUCUCAAUUUCAUGAAAACAAUAUGCCUAAGUGGCUCUCUGAUCCAUUGUCUCCAACUUUAUGUGGAACAGAAAGAAAAAGGAAUUUGGGAAACCUAGUUAUUAUGGAAGGGUGUACUUACAGAAGACAUUGAGGAGGUGCUGCUUAAUAGAACACCCAUGAGAGGUGAAGAGUCUAUGGUGUUUACAAUUUCUAAGGAUUAUAAAACCUUCUUUUCAUGAAGAUAACGAGCCAUUUUGUAACAGAAUCAGAAUAUUCAUUUCGUCUUCUUGGCAUUGGGGUCUUUGAGUUUCUCGUCUCCUGAGACCUAUCUGUGAUGUGAUGUCUACCUUUCUAUGGUUUCGUGAUGAGAUCCAUACAAGGAUCAGGGAAAGAAGAGGGGAAAAGAAAAAUCAGAAGAACAAGGAGUGGAGGGAGGAGCACGAUACCUUGCCAAGAAAAACUGUAGGGUUUGGGUUCAUAUGAUAACUCCUUACCCUUUUUUUGGACGUUAUGCUUAUCUAAUUAGCUGGUCAUGUUUUCCAAUUAUGGUACUAAUCUUGAAUUAUUAUACGGUCUUGUGAAUAGCAUUAGGGUUUUUAAACAGUUUAUAGAUUACUUUUCAAUAAUGUAGGACGUUCGUCAAAUGUUCUGGGAAAAUCUCUAUUUUUAAGGAUCAAGGAUAAGACUAAUGAAGGAUGCUCUGAGUAAUGUGCAUUUGGAUGAGAUGAUGCCAAAUGAUUCUUACUGCUUUAUCUCAUAGUCAAUAGCAUAGACUUUCUUCACUGUAGCCAGCUGCUACAUUUUUUCCUUGGUGGUGUAAUGCAUCAUUUUUCCUUAUAAAUGUUUUUUGUCAACUGCUUAAUAUCCAGGCAGACGAAGAUCAAGAGGAUUUAGAUGACAGAUGGGACGCUGAUUCUGAUACAGAGAUGGAUGACACUAAGCAUGCGGAUGAGCAGCUUCUGUACUGUGUUUUUUUAUUUUUAAUCUUUUACCUUCCUUCGUUAUGACAGUUUCAUAUCUGAUACUUCGUCUGAUUUUACAGUAAGCCUCCGGUUCAAAGCAUAAAAAUAAAAAAGGAGGCUGCCGAAACAGAGAUUAAAGAUCAGGUUCUUGCUCUCUCUUUCUCUCUCUCUCUCUCUCUCUCCCCCCCCCCCCUCGCAUCCACGCUCACGUGCACACGCACAUGCACAUACACAGAAUAUAGAGAGGAACACCCUGCAAGAAUCCAUUAAGUAAAAUAUGAUGCCUGACAUGUAUGUUAUUUAUUUUUAACUUAUCAUAUUGCUUCUUCAACAUCAAAAAAAUUAUUUGAUUUCAGUGUCGGCAUCUGAUGAUGUCAUGAAGUUAUUAAAUUCUCCCUUGUAGCUCGGUAUUGGUGGGGAAAUUUGCCCCCACCUCACAGACUCCAGGGCACGCUGAGAUCUUGCAGCGAACACCUUGUCAGGAAGAAUGGAGCCUUUCUCAUGAGAUAAUCAUGAAAGAUAUAGUAAAAAAAAAAGGGCUUGCUGAGAGAAAUAUAGGAUUAGCGCGCUUAGGCAUGCAUAUGAGGAUACAUAUUUAGAAGGGCAGACAAAGUUUUACUUUAAUCAGUCUUGUAGUUUGUAUCUAAUACAUCAGUACGACAUCACAGUGAACUGUUUUUGCUGAUAAUUACUGUCAACUACUCUUCCAUUAUGCUCUUCGUCCUUUAAUCCUUUCUUUGCCCGUCCAUUGUUGAUCCCUUGAACCCAGUUUUUCUUCUCCAUAUUAGUUUCAAUAAUUUCAUUUCUUAUGAAGCAUUUCCCUUUUUGUGUAUGUAAUUAUUGCUCGUCUCCAGGAAGCUCAGAAGGUGACUACAGAGCAUGUCAAAACGGUGAAGACGGCGGCCGAGGACACUUCGUGUCCCAAGGUGAUGGUCUAAAGACGAUCUGUUUACCUCUUUUUCAUUCACGAACCGUCCGAAUAAUCUCGGGUGAUGUUGGGUCGCAGAUCCCGGAUGUCGCCUCUAUGUCACUGGAUGAGCCGAGCGGGGUCAAGCUUGAACAGGAGAGCUCAAACCAGCCGGCUGAUCACCCCCCCGCAGCUGCCCAUUCGAAGCCAUGA